GGGGGUGUGACCUAACGGGGAAGGAGAGCUGUGCUUUUCUGCCGCUGUCAUUGUUCAGCUUCUUUGCGGCCGGUUAUCUCACCGUCCAUACCCAGAGGGAUCUUCAGGAAUCAACCGCAACUGAAAUUAUUCAGGAUGUCCAGCGAGCAGCAGGCCGUGGCUCGUGCCAGGAAAGCCUUUGAAACAGGCAGGUCCAAAUCUUUAGAGCACCGCAUCCGCCAGCUGAAGAACUUACAGCGGUUAUUCACUGAGAGACAGAAAGAGAUUUCAGAUGCCAUCAAGAAAGACCUCAAUAAGAGCGAGGUGGGAACCCAGCUGUACGAGACUCUGGGUCUAGAGGGGGAGAUCAGCCUGGCAAUCAAGAAGCUGAAGGAGUGGGCAGCCCCUCGAACCGUGGAGAAGAACCUGCUGACCCUCUCGGACACCGUCUACAUCAAGCCGGAGCCGCUGGGAGUGGUGCUGAUCAUCGGGGCCUGGAACUACCCCUGGGCUGUCACCAUCCAGCCGCUCAUCGGAGCCAUCGCCGCUGGUAAUGCAGCUGUGAUCAAGCCCUCUGAGGUGUGUGUCCACACCGCAAAGGUCAUGGAGGACCUGCUGCCAGUUUACAUCGACAAAGAGCUUUACCCUGUAGUGACCGGAGGAGUGUCGGAAACCCAGGAGCUGCUGCGCCAGCGGUUCGAUCACAUCUUCUACACCGGCAACAGCAUGGUGGGCAAACUGAUCAUGGAGGCCGCCGCCAAGCACCUGACGCCUGUCACCCUGGAGCUGGGCGGGAAGAGCCCCUGCUACAUCGACAAGAACUGUGACAUAAGCGUAGCCUGCAGACGUGUCGCCUGGGGAAAAUACACUAACUGUGGUCAGACCUGCAUCGCCCCAGACUUCAUCCUUUGCGAGCCCAGCAUCCAGGACCAGGUCAUCGAAGAGGUCACGAAAUCUAUUAAGGAAUUCUACACAGACAACCCAAAGACCUGCCCCGACUAUGGACGCAUCAUCAACCAGCGCCACUUCAAGAGGAUAAUGACCAUGUUGGACGACAGCACCAUCGCUGUAGGAGGAGACAAUGACGAGUCAGACUGCUACAUAGCCCCCACAGUUCUGCGUGACGUGAAGCCAGAGGCCAAGGUGAUGCAGGAGGAGAUAUUUGGACCUCUGCUCCCCAUCCUGUCGGUCAGCGGCCUGGACGAAGCGAUCAAGUUUAUCAAUAAGGGAGAGAAACCUCUGGCCCUCUACGUCUUCACACCUAAUGACAAGGUGAUCAAGAGAAUGGUAGAUGAGACCUCCAGCGGAGGACUGCUGGCCAACGACUGUCUUGUCCACUAUUCUGUCAGCUCUCUGCCUUUUGGAGGAGUGGGAAACAGUGGUAUGGGUUGCUACCACGGCAAGUUCAGCUUUGACCAGCUGAGCCACCAGCGGAGUUGUCUCAUCAAAAAGCUGAAUAUGGAGGGGGUGAACAGCAUGCGGUAUCCGCCUCACACACCCAAGAAACUGGGCUGGGCUCGCUUCUUCAUCCUGAACAACGUAGACCUGGGCUGGAUUGGGCGGAUGGCGCUCUUAGCCGUCCUGGCUGUGGUGGCUGCUGUUGUGCUACAGAAUUAUCUCCUUUAAAGACGUCCUGCUGCUUUCCGGACAACAAAUCUGUUGUUUCCUCGACCCUUUGGACCAGAGAGUUUUCUGUAUAAUCAACUCAACAUCUGCACGCACCGCUGGAAUACUUCGGCUGUUGCCUUAAUAUAUCUUACUUUUCAGUAAUGGCGCCUGAAGUUUCAUGUAGCUCACUGUAGAGAGAAACUUUAUUUUUUAAUGAAGGUAAUUAUUUAUUUCCAUCAGAGGCUCUUAUGUUCUAUUUUAACCUUUUAGAUCAGCUGGGCACAAACAGUGUAAACAUACGUUAGAAUAUCCAAUCCAAUGAUUUUAAAUGAAGUACUGCUACUACUGCUACUGUAUGACUUACAGUAUGAUGUGAGGUUUUUUCACUUUACUGUGAUAUGAACAAUACUUUCCUAACAGUUAGUAAAAUUUCACUAACCUGUAAUUUUUUUUAUCAUAAUGCAAAAGUUUUUACUGUGUAGGAAUUUACCUACAGUUCAUUUUGAGUCUGUUCCAUUUCAAUGAUGGAUGAGCCGUUAACUUAACAUUCAGCAUGAUGGUUCUUGAUCAUUUCAGCCAAUAGUGCAGCUUUGUUUCUGUUUUGUUUUGUUUCAGUGUUUGUCUGUGCACUGACAGCAGAGAAGAAGAAGAAACGUUAGUGUUGGAUCACAGAGUUAUGAGUCGUAUAACAACCUGUUAGAACCAAACGGGACCAUAUGAAGCACGUUUUUAUGUCAUUUUCCUAAAACACCAAAUGCCUGUAUAUUUAAGUAACUGACAACCAGUUAAACCAGUUAUUCCAUUUAAAUUUUAAGAGAUUUCUAGUUAACAGUUGAAUAAAUAUACAUGUAUAUUGGAAUAAUAUUGAAAUAAAUAUAUUUCUACAUGUA